AUGGACACAGACAAACCUCAGCGACAGUUCUCUGAAAAUUACUCUGAGGUCACGGUUAGCUCAAGUGCGGAUGUAAAUGUACAUAUUCGUUCAAGAAAAGAUUCUGGGACAUCUGAGAGUGGCCGAGGAUGGGUGAGACUAUACCCUUCAUCAUCCCGCAGGAGACACCGAACUACCUUCAGCAAUGAGCAGCUGGAACAGCUGGAGCUAGCUUUCAGACAGAACCACUAUCCUGAUAUCUGCUACAGAGAGGAGCUCGCUAACAAACUCAACGAGGCUCGCAUACAGGUAUGGUUUCAGAACCGGCGAGCCAAGCAGCGGAAGCAGGAUCGUAUCCGUCACAAAGUGCUGCCGGUGGGAAUGGUGGCAGGACGAGGGUCUCUCUUCAGCAGCACGUGUGUGGGCCCUCAUUCACUGCCACACGUCCCCCGAUUCUCCUCAGGGCUGCCCCUGGAGGAUACCCCCCAGCUGUCCUCCGGCUCUGCUCCGUCUCAUGCCACCAGACAGCCUGAAGACUGGUACAAUCAGCUCCACAGCAACGGACCAGCCUCCACAUCAGUGCUCUCACUGCAAACCACUAGUCACUGGAACUAGAGGAAGAGCUGUAAACACUGCUGUUUUACAUU